AUGUCGAGCCUUGAUGAUUUAUUCAAGAAGCCAGCCCUUCCCAGCAACAAAAGAAAACUAGAAGCAUCUCGAGACCCAAAUGAGAUAUACAAAUCCGCGAAACUUGCCUCGAAUGGCCAUGCGAAGAGCAAUGGCAAGCAAGCAGCCGUCGUAGAUGAGGACGACGAUAUGGAAGCUGGCCCCGCUGCACCACCCGACGACCAAGAAGACUACGGUCCAGAUAUACCAGACGAUGAGGAGGGACGGUUCUUUGGCGGCGGAGUUACACAAGAAGAGAACGAGAUAUUAGAUUACAUGGAUGGACAAGAACCCGCGGAGAUCGCUCCAGAAAAGAUUGAUUCAGCUUGGCUGCGGAAACUGGCGCUCAAUUUCGAGAAGAAGAUCUCAAAGAAUGCGGAGCUACGAGCGAAGUUUGAAGGCGACCCCCAGAAGUUUAUGGGUAGUGAGGCAGACUUAGAUGCGGAUAUUAAGGCGUUGAGUAUCUUGACUGAACACCCAGAGCUGUACGGAGAAUUUGCGAAGCUUGGUUGCGUGGCCAGCUUGGUGGGACUACUGGCACACGAGAAUACAGACAUUGCGAUUGAUGCAGUGGAAAUCAUCAGCGAGUUGACGGACGAAGAUGUUGAGGCUGAGCAGGAGCAGUGGAAUGAAAUCGUGGAUGCUAUGGUCGAAGCCGAUUUAAUGGACCUACUGGUUUCGAACUUCGCAAGGUUCAACGAGUCAAAUGAGUCCGAUCGCAGUGGAAUUUACCAUGCACUGAGUGUUCUGGAGAAUAUGGCAUCAAGGACAUCACUGGCAGAGAAGAUUGGACAAGAUACAACGGUGCUGAAAUGGUUGUUGGGUCGGAUACCAAAAAAGGAAUCACCCGUGUCGCAAAACAAACAAUAUGCUGCGGAAGUUCUCGCCAUUAUGUUACAGUCCUCACCAAUCAAUCGGCGGAAACUCUCCGAGCUGGAUGGUGUUGAUCUGCUACUACAAAUCUUGGCUGCUUACCGCAAGCGAGACCCCCUGAAAGGAACCGAGGAGGAAGAGUUCGUGGAGAAUAUUUUCGAUGCGCUCACCUGUGUUGUGGACGAACCCGAAGGAAAGCAAAAAUUCGUUGAGGCUGAAGGUGUCGAGUUGUGUCUUAUCAUGAUCAAGGAAGGCAAGAUGAGCAAAUCCAGGGCACUGCGAUUGAUUGACCACGCUUUGGGUGGCCAGAGUGGCGCGGAAGUAUGCGAAAAGCUGGUCGAGGCAGCAGGAUUAAAGGUUGUCUUUGGCAUGUUCAUGAAAAAGCAAGAUGGUCAGACGACGGAGCACUUGCUGGGAAUCUUCUCUUCGCUGUUGAGGCUACUGCCUGCGAAUUCUGCAGGAAGAAUACGAACACUAGCGAAAUUUGUGGAAAAGGAGUACGAGAAACUGGGAAAGCUUGUCAAGCUGAGGAGGGAUUAUGCGACGAGGCUGGAUGCUGUCGACAAGGACAUCAGAGCUGAGCAGGUCAAGAUGGAUGCAGAGGAGAGGGAAGAAAUGGCGGAUGAGUGGUUGGGACGGCGCCUGGAUGCGGGCUUGUUUUGCCUGCAGACUAUUGACGUUGUUUUAGCUUGGCUGGUUGCCGAAGAUGAUGGUGCCAAGAAGAAGAUUCAGAGCCUUCUUGCUGACCGAGAUGAGUCUUUGGCGGUGGUAAAAGCCACGAUACAACAACAACUUGAUACCAUAGUCGGCGAUACAGAAGAAGAGACAUGGACGAAAGACAUGCUAAAUGCAUUGAUACCAUUCUUGACAUAG